AUGUCUGAGCAAAUUGAAAAGGCUUUCCAAAAACAACCUGGCAUUUUCGUUAAUGCCAAAGCCAUCGGCAAAAAGGCCAAGACCAAGAAUCAACGCUGGUACAAAGAUGUUGGUCUUGGUUUCAAGACACCAAAAGAGGCUAUCGAGGGACAUUAUAUAGAUAAAAAAUGCCCUUGGGCUGGCAUGGUAUCUAUACGUGGUCGUAUCUUGACCGGCGUAGUUAUGUCCACCAAAAUGAAAAGGACUGUCAUCGUUCGUCGUGAAUAUUUACAUUAUAUCACAAAGUACAACCGUUAUGAAAAACGUCACAAGAAUUUGGCGGCUCAUUUAUCACCGGCGUUCAUUGGGGUUCAGCCCGGUGAUACAGUGACCGUAGGACAAUGCCGGUGA